UUGCUGUUUAGCUUUUGGAAAAGUCACCGGUGUACCUGUACUCAAUCGCUGUUCGUCCGUUUUCGCAGAGACCAGGUAAUUUGCGAGCAUUCGAGUGUCUUUUUCUACCUUUCUUUGUUGUGAGAAUGUCUUCUGAAGAGACACUUAGUGAUGGUAGAGUGAGGGGAAGGGUUGAGGAGGCAGAAGGUAGGGAUUUGGGGGUGCCAUCGAACAUUUUGGAGAGAGAGGAUGGAAGAGAGCCGUGUUUCAACCCUGAGGAGGAAGUUGUUGGUGAGGUGGCAGGGUAUGAAACAAGUUUGGAGAAUAGGGGUAGUUUGGCCCAUUUGGUUGAGAACUAUGGGGUGCCCGGGCGUGUGUUGGUGAGGCCGGCGGGGAACCUGUUGGUAUGGUUGUUGUUGGAGUAUGGUCUGGGGCUAACGCAACUCACCCCCAAUGCCGUCAGGUUAGUGGUGGCGUUUGCAGUGUAUAGCCGAAGUCGGGGGGUGAGUUUUCUUACCGCUAACGUAUUCAAGUACUUUUACGUCUUGAAUGCUGGGAGUGGUAGGGAAAAGGGGUGGUUUUACUUUACAGGCCGGGUGGUAGGUAGGCAAAGGAGGGGUUUAUUUAGCCCCAAGCCAUCUUCCAUCAAAGGGUGGAAAGAUAAAUUCUUUUUUGCGGAUGAUACGGAGUGGGAUAAGACUGAUGCUGAGGUGGAACACUUGAGUCGUUGGAAGACGAAAGGGUUAAACCUCAAUGAGUAUAGUCUGACCUCGAGGGAGUUAGAAGAUGUGGGGGAGUUGGAAAAAGGAGGUGUGGGUUCGUUGGACAUUAUGGAGUACACGAGCCAGAGGAUGUUAGACGCGGCUGAGAUAUAUAGGCCGAGCUCGCAAUUGGGAGAAGAGAUGAACAAGUUUCUGGACGCAGCUGGUGGAGCUGGGAUCCUGAAGAAGGGAAGAGGGAAGAGAGGCGAGGCCAGGAGGCGGGUGGAGGAGGGGCCCAUUGUGGCGAAGAGGAGGAGGUUGGAGCAACAAGGGGCCGUGGUGGAAUUGGAGGAGGUGCCAGCGCCUGCGACUUCAACUCUUCGCCUGGAAGGGACCUCGUCAGCCUCAGCUGCCGAGUUUGCUGCUACGCUUCGGGAGCACGGGUACAUCCGAGCGCAAACGACCAGUUUUUAUGACUCCGGGAUGAGGAGCACAGCGAAGAGGUUCAUCAACACCUACUUCCCAGAGGUGGAUCGCCAGCGCGCGAAGGACGAGGUGGUUGCCCGGGGUUCGGUUGGCGUUGUCCGCCAAACACUGGAGGCUGUUAAUCUUGUGAAUGCUUUGGCCAAUGAGCAUCACGAGAGUUUAAAAGAGAGGAACCAGAUGCGGAAGGAGAACGCUGAGCUUGUUAAGAAGAGCGAGGCUGCCGAGGCCGAGGUGGCGAAGUUGAAGGCUGAGAUGGAGGAGCUCCGGAAGGAGAACGCUACCCUCAAAAAGGACUCGGAAAACUCGUACCAGAAGAGGAAGAUAUGUGAGGCCGAGUUGGAGAAGAGGGAGAAGGAGGUGGAGGAGGCGGGGAAGGUGGUGGCUGAGUUGGAGCUUAAGGUUCACAACUCAGUUGAGGAGCAUGUGGAGGGGUUCCUAAAGUCCAGCACCUUCGAGGAUAUCAUCAACCUCUAUCGCCUUCCUACUGCCAUUUUGGCCUUCUCUGACUGCCGGAAGAAGGUAAAACUGGUGUAUCCUGAUGUCGAUGUGACGAAGGUUACCUUCGGAGAGCAGGAAGGGGAGGUGGAGGAAAAUGGGGAGAGCUAUACUGCUGACUUCCGCCCGGAGAUAACACUGAAGUGGGAGAAGGACAGCAGGGGUCAAACCAUUUUGCCUCCCAAGUUCAGUUUUGAAUUUGUGGUGGUGGACGAGGGAGACGAAGGUGACGAGGUCACUGACGGUGCUGAGAAGUCGACUAGAGGCGUUGACCAACCGACGGAUAACCCCGUGCAGCCUUCGGCCAUCCCGGACUAGACUGCUAAGUAGACUCGGCCUUGGGCCCUUAGAUUUUUUUUUUUUUUUUUGAGAUAUUCUUUGUAAACGAUUAGAGAUUAAUGGAAUGAAUUUGAUUCUUUUUU